AUGCCGUGUCAGGAAGCUUUUCGGGUUGGAAUGCAAGAUUUAACGACGCCUAUUGUUGUAAACCCUGACUUCGAUCCUGUUCCGAACCCAUGCGCCGACCCAGCUGUUGACACAUGGCACACUCCGUUUCCAACCGGAAUUCCAGACGCUCUCUUGAUUUUGGCCUUGAGCGGUGACGACGCCAACGAAAAACUGACCAAAGAGCAGAAGCAGAAGCAACAGAUAAUUUCCGAACACGGAGGCACCGUGACUGGAGUGUAUGAAGCGUACCGUGUGAAGAACGAAAACGGACAAGACACCGAGCAAUUCGGAUUUGCAGACGGUAUCAGCAACCCCAUUUUCCUGCAGAGCGAUUAUACCAAAGCCAAAGACAAAACGACGAACGGAUCAUUCCUACCCGGAGCAGAUCCUUUGGCAAAACUUGAACUGAUUCUUGAAAAAGACAAGAUUGGAGGUCCCUGUUCGUAUGGAUCCUACUUGGUAUAUCGACGGCUGGAACAAAACGUUGAGCUUUUCCAACAAUAUGGAAAAAUGAUUCAAGAAGAACUGAAAAAGGCAGGACAAGAUAUCUCACAAGAUGAAGCGGAAGCAAGGAUGAUAGGACGUCGUAAGAACGGCGUUCCUCUGAUAGAAAACCUUUCAGGUGUGAAACCAGAGUUCAGGAAGACGGCAGUGAAUUUUAACUAUGCGGAUGACGGAGACGGUAAACAAUGUCCAUGGGCAGCCCACGUCAGAAAAGUAGACCCACGAGGUGAACACACAUACACAUGA